AUGGUGACAGUAUCCCUGUACAACCCACAACACUCCGAGUGCCUGCUGCGGGAAGCCAACCGGCUGCGGAUGUCGGGGGCUCUGUGCGACGUGGUGAUCUGUGUGGGGCAUCAGGAAUUCCGUGCCCACAGCCUGGUGCUGGCGUGUGUGAGCCCGACCCUCCAGGAGCUGUUCCGAAGCCCGGGCUCCCGCUACAGCCUGGAUUUCCUGGCCAGCCGCACCUUCGAGCGGAUCCUGGAGUACGCGUACACAGAGAGGCUGGAGGUUCAGGUCGCGGAGCUCGGAGAUCUGCUGCAUUCUGCCAGAAUCCUCGCGAUGGACGGCCUGGAGGAGCAGAUCAUGGAGAGCACAGCGCGGCUUGGAGUGGAGGAGAGGGAGCCCGGACACAGCCCGCUGGGGAUCCCUACCCCAGACACCACCGUCCCCAGCUCCCAGGGGUCUCCCCAGCGGGAACCAGCCCCCGUGAGCGCCGACCCCCGUGCUGAGGCCAGCGUCUCCAGCUGUUCCACUGGCUCCCAGCUGCGCGGCAGUGUUAUCACUGGGCCUGGGUCCCAGAAAAGGACCAAGGGGCCCAGGCACCCAACCCCGGUGCGCCCACAUGCCUCCCACCCCCCACCUCUUCCUCCUCCCAUCGCCAUGCCCCUCCAGGCCCCUUCAGCACUGCGGCAUCCUCCUCCUCCUCCGCACCCCGCGGCCUACCUCCGGUCCCUGGGGCCCGGCUCAUUCCCAGGGCCUGGGGCGCUGGGCACACCCGUCCCAGAUGGCAGCGUACGGAGAAGCCAGCAGGAUCACGGGAAUGGCGCGGCGUUCCGAGGCAGGGCCAGCAAUGAGGACCCUGCGGCGGUGGAUGCCCGGCAGAGGCGAAUGGAGGUGGUGAACCUGUUUCCCUGUGAAUUCUGUGGGAAGAGAUUCCUGGACAGCUUUCGCCUGUGCUUGCACCAGCAGUCUCACCUGGGCUGCGGUGUGAUUGUGUGCAACGUGUGUGGGCUGAGAAUGACCAUGGACCAGGAAGCCAUGGCUCACCAUCACAGCCAUUCCGGAGGGGCUAAGAUGCCGAUCUACCUUCUGUGCGGGAAGGGGCUGCAGACUCGCCUUAGCCUGAGGCAUCGGGCUCCGAGCCAGGCUGGGGGGAGUUGGAACUACAGCUGCCAGGAAUGCCAGCGAUUAUUCCCCAGCCUCACGGCCCUCAAACGCCACAUCAAAUCGCACACAGGGGGUGGUGCACACCAGUGUCAAUAUUGUCAUCACCAGUUUGCGGACGAGGCAGCUUUGAAGAGCCACAAACAGGUUCACCAGGGAGAGAAACCCUAUCAGUGCGGUCAGUGUAAAAAGAAAUUCACUCUCAAACACCAACUGGAGACUCACUACAGGAUUCACACAGGGGAGAAACCGUUUGAGUGUAAACUGUGUCACCAGCGAUCCCGUGACUACUCGGCCAUGAUCAAGCACCUUCGGACUCAUAAUGGAGCUUUGCCGUAUCAGUGCACAAUCUGCCAGGAAUUCUGCCCCAGCCUGUCUGCUAUGCAGAAACACAUCAAGAGCCACCUUCCCGAAGAGGUGCCCCCGAACUGGACCCUGGAGGAGAGCUACCUCUACCUGUGCGACCUGUGACUACCUGUGACUACC